AUGGCGAACUCGUUUCUGCACGAUGAGAUGCUCAAGUUAUCGAUUCCUGGGCCCAGCAGGGACCCUGUAUACUACAUAUCGGAUGGGAACACGGUGCUAUUGGUGGACAAUACGCUUUUCAAGGUACACAGGUCUAUUCUGAUGAAGGACAAAUCCGCUUUCGAGGCCAUGUUCCAGCUUACCACGGAAACGGAGUCGGCGCGCUCAGAUUGCAGCAUGACCGUCACCGAGGGCGAUAGCGACGACAACCCAAUACGACUACAAGGCGACAGCGCGGACGAGUUCCGCGCUUUGCUGUGGGCGUUGUAUGCUCUACCUCACGAGCUUAUGCUGGCGAUGACCUCCGAAGCGAACAGCACCCAGCUCGUGAACCUCGCACGGAUGGCGCACAAGUACCAAUUUCGGCACAUCGAGACCUGGGUGCUUGGCGCGCUGCACGGUUACUAUUCGCGCGCAGGCGCAUUCGACGCCAUCCAAGCCACGAGCCCGCCGACGCUCCCGGGACCCACACAUACGUCGUCCCCGCUCGCGCACGAGGCGCCGUCACUUGUGCAAAUUACCGAGCUCGCCGCACUUUGCGAGCGGCCAGACCUGCUGGAGCUCGCGCUUGCGCGGUGGAAGAAGAUCAUUGGCGAUGGCAAGGACCUCGCGCUCGCGAUCGUCACCGCGGAGCGCCUCAACCUGCGGCCGAUCCUCGGGCUGGCGUACCAUGCGAUGAUGCUCAAGGGACGUGCGCACUGGGAGCUGGAGCCUAUGCUGACGCGGGACCAGCGGGUGCGCUUGCUAAGUGGCUAUCAUGCGCUGACGAAGAUGUGGGAGGCACUGCCUGGGCAGCCGCCGCCGAUCGCGCAUAAUGCGCGGUGUACGAGCCAGCAGCGGUGCGCAAAGCUGUGGGGCCUGCUAUGGAAGGCGGUACUUGAGAGGGGCACGGAGGUGAUCCCCGGGCUGCAGAAGGAGGACGUUUUGGCGAAGCUCACGGCGGCCGAGAACAUGGUCAAAGUGCUGGUCGAAGAUUCUCAGUUGCAGAGCAUCGUGGACGGCCUGCCGCAUUGCAAGGAGAGCGCUCUGAUGGUGACGAGGUUGCGAGUGCGAGAAUUCAAGGAAACGCUGACGGAUUACUUUGCUGACGAUUUCUAA